GUAAUUCGAGGGCGCUAGUGUCUUCAAUGUUUAUCUGUAAAACAGCCUUUUUAAACACUGAUUAAUUUUAUGGCAGAUCAGUUAGUGAGGUCAGUUCUGUUUGCUUUUGAUCUUAUUAAUGUGACUGUUGGAAUUUGGAUUUUUUAAAGAAUGGCACCACCAAAACGUUUCAAAAAAGAUAAUGACAGAGGCAAAUGGAAAAAAAGGAAAGAAGAUCAUGAAGAAUGCGUGGAUGAUGAUUCUACUGAUGUUGUAGAAACAGAGGGUAUUCCAGACGCUGCCAAAACUGAUAUAGAAAAACAAGAUGAAACUGUAUUAGAAGAUGAAUUUGGUGCAAAAGAUUAUCGUUCGCAAAUGACAUUGAAAGCCGAUUGUGAAUCUAGACCAUUAUGGGUAGCUCCAAAUGGACAUAUUUUUCUUGAAUCAUUUUCGCCUGUUUAUAAACACGCCCAUGACUUUUUGAUAGCAAUAUCAGAGCCCGUUUGUCGACCAGAACAUAUUCACGAAUAUAAAUUAACGGCAUAUUCUUUGUAUGCUGCUGUUAGUGUGGGUCUUCAAACUCAUGAUAUAAUAGAAUAUUUGAAAAGAUUGAGUAAAACGAGUAUACCUAAUGGUAUUAUAGAAUUUAUAAAAUUAUGUACAUUAUCAUAUGGGAAAGUAAAGCUUGUAUUAAAACGUAAUAAAUAUUUUGUGGAAUCUCCAUUCCCAGAAGUAUUACAAACACUUUUGAAGGAUCCUGUUAUACAGCAAUGUAGAUUAAGAAAAAAUGUAGAUGAUUUAGAAAAGGAUGAAGUGACAACAAAUAUUCAAAAUAAAGUAAAGAAUAUAAAAUUUGGCGCAAAGCCAUUGCCAAGUGCUCAAGCAGUUACUGCUAAACAAACUGCUCCUGAAACCAAAGUUGAUCAAACGCCGUCAGAAACGGCUGCUAUUCCAGAGGAUAUAACUACAUUUUAUGAAAAAAUUGAUAAAGAAGAUGAAGACGAAGAAGAAGAACAAGAAUUAAAAACUGUUAGUUUUGAAGUAAAUCAAGAAAAAAUUGAAGUUAUACAAAAGAGAUGUAUAGAAUUGGAAUAUCCGUUAUUGGCAGAAUAUGAUUUUCGCAAUGACAAUGUUAAUCCUGAUAUAAAUAUUGAUUUAAAACCAUCUGCAGUUUUGAGGCCUUAUCAAGAGAAAAGUUUACGUAAAAUGUUUGGCAAUGGACGUGCUAGAUCAGGUGUAAUAGUAUUACCAUGUGGCGCAGGAAAAAGUUUAGUCGGUGUAACAGCUUGUUGUACAGUACGAAAGCGCGCUUUGGUACUUUGUAAUUCUGGAGUAUCCGUAGAACAAUGGAAACAGCAAUUUAAAAUGUGGUCUACUGCUGAUGAUUCUAUGAUCUGUCGAUUUACUAGCGAAGCAAAAGAUAAGCCUAUGGGUUGUGGUAUUUUAAUUACUACAUAUUCUAUGAUAACACAUACGCAGAAACGUUCGUGGGAGGCCGAACAAACUAUGCGAUGGCUACAAGAACAGGAAUGGGGAAUUAUGGUUUUGGAUGAAGUACAUACAAUUCCUGCUAAGAUGUUUCGAAGAGUAUUAACAAUUGUACAGUCUCAUUGUAAAUUAGGAUUAACAGCUACAUUAUUGCGAGAGGAUGAUAAAAUUGCAGAUUUGAAUUUUUUAAUUGGCCCUAAAUUAUAUGAAGCCAACUGGUUGGAACUACAAAAACGAGGAUUCAUUGCCAGAGUUCAGUGUGCUGAAGUAUGGUGUCCCAUGACACCUGAAUUUUAUAGGGAAUAUCUAGGAUGUAAAAUAAAUAGAAAAUUGUUAUUGUAUGUAAUGAAUCCAAAUAAGUUUAGAAGUUGUCAAUAUUUGAUUAGAUAUCAUGAAAGACGUGGCGAUAAAACAAUUGUCUUCUCAGACAACGUAUUUGCAUUAAAACAUUAUGCUAUUAAAAUGAAUAAACCCUAUAUUUAUGGACCAACUAGUCAAAAUGAACGUAUACAGAUAUUGCAAAAUUUUAAAUUUAAUACAAAAGUAAAUACGAUAUUUGUCAGUAAAGUAGCUGAUACUUCUUUUGACUUACCAGAAGCAAAUGUAUUAAUUCAAAUUUCUUCACAUGGUGGUUCCCGACGUCAAGAAGCUCAACGUUUGGGACGUAUAUUGAGAGCUAAAAAAGGCGCAAUUGCAGAAGAAUAUAAUGCCUUCUUUUAUACAUUAGUAUCACAAGAUACUAUGGAAAUGAACUAUUCAAGAAAACGUCAAAGAUUUCUUGUUAAUCAAGGUUAUGCUUAUAAAGUUAUUACUAAGUUGGCAGGUAUGGACGAUGAGCCAGAUUUAAUGUAUAGCGUACGAGAAGAACAAGGUCAGUUGUUGCAACAAGUUCUUACAGCCAGUGAUAUGGAUGCAGAUGAGGAAAGAAUUCCUGGGGAAGGUGUACGAUCAGUUACAAUGAAAGCAGGAAAUAUGACAUCAUUAUCAGGAGCAGAUGAUGCUGUUUAUUAUGAAUAUAAAAAAGCACCAAGUUCUUCAACAGCUAAUAAACAUCCAUUAUUUAAAAAAUUCAGAACUUAAGAGCUUAUAAUAGAAUUUAGUAUUUUUAUUCUGUAUUGAUGCUACAACUGCAUAAUAAUAUCUUAUAUAUAUGAAUUCUAGAAAUUUUUAGGUAAAAAAGAAGCUAUAAAGCAUGUUUGUAUUAUAUCAUUUAGGAUUUACAAUUUACAUGCGUAAUUUCAAAUAAAUCAAAUGUAAUUCUUAAAAGAUAGGAUUAAUAGACUAUAUUUUUCAUACAUAUUAAAAGUUCCUCUUUAUAUUAUACUCUAAUAUAUGAUAAUAAAUUUACAGCUUCAUGUGAAUUGCACGUAUAAAAUGUUGUAAAUCAAAUAAAUUAUUAUAAAUGUCAAUCAUUCUGAAUAGAGUAUUUGUAUAUAAAUAAAAUUUAUGACAAUACCUUUUAUGAAAUUUUUUUACAUUUAAAAAAAACGUAAGUUUUAAGUUAACAGAAAAAAUUGUGUAUAAUAAUAUUUAAAGAUGGCAUAUAGAGAAAUGAAAAGUUUUUAUUUUUCAUUACAGAUGGUACUUCAUAGAUAUUCAUAAUUUCUGUUAUUACUAUUUAUGAAUAAUAUAUUGCGUAAAUAUGAUUACAUUAAAAAUAAGAUAUGUAUAUAUAUAUUGCAUGUUCAUAAUAAAGAAGCAAAAAGAAAUUAGAAUAAUAUUUAUAAAGAAAAUAAUAUACUCUUUUAUAACUGAAGAAAGCAAUAUAAGAAUUUAAGAAAGAAGAAAUUGUUUUAGUUGAGAAAUUAUAUCUUAACCAGAGAAAGUCCAGACUCUAUUGCCACGAUUAUCAGUGGAAGCGUGAGUAUUAUAAUAAUCGUCUCUUGUGCGUUGAGAAUUAGAUCUGCCACUCGAACGGCCAUUAGAUCCACGAUUACGAUCAUCUCCAAACAAUCGAUUCCAGAUAGAAUUAUCACCGAUAGUAUUUCUGGAUCCAGAACGUCCAGAUGAUCUGCCAGGUCCAUAUGCUCUUGGUGGUGGUGUUGGUGGUAUUGGAUAUGGUACUGUCAAAUCGUAGAUCGAUAAUCAACAAAUUUAUUGCUAUAUUAAAAUAUCAUGUCAAAAGUAAAAAAGAAAGUAUAUAUAUAUAUAUAUAUAAUUAGAUGCUUUCCAGAAGGUCCUUUAAAUCAAUUGAUGUUUUCAUGUUAAAUUGUUUGGUUACAGUUAGUUAAAACUGCAUGCUGUUGAUGUAAUAUAAAGUAAAUAUGUUUUAUGUUUUUUACAUUUGCAAGGAUAUGAUGUUAAUGUUUUGUUUAGGUCAAAUCAAGGAUAUGUCCGAUCCAGAUGAAUACAUCUUAUUUAAGAUUGAUAUUUGGACAGUUCUAAAUUUCUUCUUUAUUUAUAUGCAUAUCAUAAAUUACAUAAAUUAAAUUAAUAUUAGUAUAGAGAAAAAAAAAUAUAUAUAUAUAAUUAAAAAAUUUUGAAAAAUGUUGCAAUAUACAAGAUGAAAUUAUAGGCAAAGCAGAUAAAAUUUGUCAUAUUAACACUUGAUUUUUAUACAUAUCUUUAAAGAAUUAUCUAAAAUACACAUGAUUUGUAUAGAAUAAUCGCAAUAAAUAUCAAUAAAAAUAGAUUCAUUAAUAUUAAAUAUUAACAAUCGCUAUAAGAAUAUUAUUUUAAUUCCUAUUAGAGGAUAUUUUAUUAUACAUAUAUAUAUAUAUCAAUUUAUCAGCCAUUAUAUGUAUAGGAGUAUUGAUCAUCUAUGUAUAUACAUAUAAAUAGUUUUCUUAUGAAUGUAUACAUAUAGAUAUAUGCGUCACAUACGAAGGCACUGUGCAUUGCCAGCAAUCAUUUAAUAAAGCAAUUGGACGGUAGACAUUACGACCACAUUUGUAAAGACUGCACAUUGAAAUUGUCAUGGUAUAUAAAUUAAACUAUAUAGCAAGUUUCUAACAUAAAAAUAAUUAUACGCCAUCAGGUACAUGUUGCAUUUAAAUAGAAACUUCGCAAACUAUUUCGUCUAUUUCUAUCUUAAUCGAAUUUGUUAUUUUAUUAAAAGCAUUAAGGAAAUGAAUCCGUUUAAAAUUUACGCGAAAUUAUUUUGCAUAGAUAUGCUUUAUAAAAUACAUUUAUAACGUUAUAUAAAUUUAUUUUUGAAUCGAGUAUAGCAAUGCACCGUUUAAUAGUUAGGGAUGAAAGAGAAAAAAAGAAAAAAAAAGAAAAAAAAAAAAACAAAA